AUGACGCUAACCACUGCACCACCUCGGACUUUGUACAUUCUCCAUAAUGCACAAGUCAUUGUUGAUGAAAGGAGUCUGGAUUUCCUUGUUUUCUAUAUUGUCCAAGCACUGAAGCAGUGUAGUUCGUGGACGCACGCAGAGAUUCUACAAGCACUAGCUGCUGUCGUGUAUAGUAAUGGGCCAAAAUGUCAAAAGUAUCUCCCAGAAUUGCUGGGCAAAGAUGGACUUUUGCUGCGUUUCACUGAUCCAGCCAAUUCAGAUAUUGAAAACCGAAGAGCUGCUUUACACUGUAUGACAAACCUCUGCUACAGUGUACCUGGGCAGCAGUAUUUGGAUGAGCCAUAUCGAUCUGUUUGCUUCAGAACUUUUCUUGAGGUCUUGCAGUCUACAAAACCCACAGAAGUGGAUGACCUCAUCUUCUGCAGUCUCCUUCAGAAUGUUUUAAAAGGGAUUCAGUCAAUUUUGAAUGGUGGUAAGAUGAAACUAGCAGAAAAUGACAAACUUGGGUGUCUUCUAGCACUUCUGAAGAAGUACAUGUUCCAUGGACUUCCUGGGCUGAAUUUGGAAAUACCAGCAGUUCUAUACCCAGCCCCUUUGCCCCAGUAUGAAGGAAAGCCAGUUACAAAACAAGAACCAACAGAAUCUUCAAGCACUCCUACACAGACAGGGAAUAAAAAAAAGAAGACUAGGCCAAAACAUAAGAAAGAACAUGCAGGGGAUGAGACAACACCACAUACUGAAGAUGAUGCUGACACACGACUGCUUCAUAGAAUGGAUCAGUUACAUCUGAGUAAUGCAGAUGCCCAAAACAAUUUCAGUAUGAGUCCUCCAAGCACUGCAGUCGUUUAUGACACAAGAAGGGGCACUUUUUCUUCACCUAGUCUAAGCUGGAAAAGAGUAACAAGCUCUGAAUCAGAAUACUCUGACACAGAGGGUGGAAUGCAGAACAAAUUGAGAUCUUACCAAGCCCGGGUUCGACAAGGAGCUUUAAUUUGCUUCCUUUCUACUGUUAAGUCACUGGAGAAAAAAGUCUUGUAUGGUUACUGGUCUUCAUUUGUUCCCGAUACGUCUGCCAUAGGAAGUCCACACUCCGUAUCAUUGAUGACUAUUGCAUUAAAAGACCCCUCACCAAAGACAAGGGCUUCUGCUUUGCAAGUGCUGUCUGCCAUGUUGGAAGGAUCAAAGCAGUUUCUUUCUGUUGCCGAAGAUGCCAGUAAUCAUCGUCAGGCAUUCACUCCUUUGUCAGUGACUCUUGCAUUUAGUAUACGAGAGCUGCACAGAUGCCUGCUACUGGCAUUGGUAGCUGAGUCCUCCUCACAGACCCUUACACAGAUAAUUAAGUGUUUAGCUCAUUUAGUAUCGAAUGUGCCUUACAACAGAUUAAAACCAGGUUUGCUUACAAGAGUUUGGAAUCAGAUAAAACCGUAUAUACGACACAGAGAUGUCAAUGUCAGGGUCUCCAGCCUCACUUUGCUUGGAGCUAUAGUUUCCGCACAAGCUCCUUUACCAGAAGUACAACUGUUAUUACAACAACCUAGCUCAUCAGGGCUUCUUAAUAGUGGUUCAGCAACCCCACGUCACCUGAAUGACUCUGAAUGGUGGAGGAAACCUCAACUUCUAGAACUCGAUGGGCAUUCUAAGGACAAUUUGGAAGUUUUGCCAUCCGAACCAUGUUGGUUGGUUCAUCAGUGCAUAACCAUUAUUGUGUUGCCUCGAGAAGAGUAUCAUUCUGAUAGUGAUACAAACACUACAUCUAGCUGUUCCUAUGAGCCUUCUCCUGUUCGACUAGAGGCACUUCAGGUGCUAGCAUAUCUUGUCAAAGGGUACUUUUCCAUAACCCAGAGCUUUCUGUUGGAGCUUGGAGAUGUUGCUUGCAAAUGCAUGGAAGAAGCAGAUCCAUCAGUGCAGCUUCAUGGUGCCAAGCUGCUUGAAGAACUGGGAUCAGGUAUAAUUCAACAAUACAAAUCUGAUUCCUCUGUGCCUCCCAGCCAUAGAAUACCUGUUCAGCUGGCUGUGACAUUCUGGUCAACAAUGUUAAGUGGACCAUUACCUGUGGCCCUUCAAAACAUUCAGCAUCCAACCUUACAGACCAGUGCAUGUGAUGCCCUUUCCUCUAUUCUUCCAGAGGCUUUCAACAAACUCCAGGAUGUGAUGUUUGUUGCUGACACUGCAAAUGCUGUCCUAACAUCUCUUGGUGACAAGUCCCCGAAUGUUCGGGCUAAGGCUGCUUGGUCUUUGGGUAACCUCACAGACACACUUAUAGCCAACAUGGAAGUGAUGGGGAAGAGCUUCCAGGAGGAAUUUUCAGACCUACUUUUGCUGAAAUUAUUAAAAUUGGCAACCCAGGCUUCCAAAGAUAAAGAUAAGGUUAAGAGUAAUGCAGUUCGAGCACUGGGAAAUUUGCUUCACUUUCUGCAAUCUUAUCACAUAGAGAAGCCUCAAUUCAGAGAGAGUGUAGAAGAUGCUCUUCAGGCUCUGAUUCUCACAGUGCAGAGUGAUGUCACCAUGAAAGUGAGGUGGAAUGCUUGUUAUGCACUAGGAAACGUGUUCAAGAAUUCUGCCUUACCUCUAGGUACAGCUCCAUGGUCUGCCCAGGCAUACAGUGCUCUAACGUCUGUUGUAAAGUCUUGUAAGAACUUUAAAGUCCGCAUCAAGUCUGCUAUGGCUCUUUCUAUCCCAAGUACUCGGAGGUGUUAUGGGAGUCCUGAGCAGUAUAGUGAGAUUUGGAAUGCCUUGAUUCUAGCUUUGGAAAAGAGUGAAGAUACUCAAGACUUCCUGGAAUUUAAGUAUUGUACCAGCUUAAGAACUCAGAUAUGCCAAGCUCUGAUACACUUACUCAGCCUUGCAGACUCAGGAGAUUUACCUUGUAUUAAAAAAUCCUUGAUGGAAAAAGGCAGUACAACUAAAUCAUACCUGCUUUAUUAUUUAAAUUCAAAGGUGGAAGGAGAUGAAGCCAUUGAAUUCUCACAGCCAUAUGAAAGAUUCAGCAUGCUACAAGAAACUGUGAAGCAUAUAUGCAAUAUAAAGGCUGCACCAGAGUAUACAGUGCCAAUAGUUAAGUAUUUGGAAGAGGUUAUGUCAAGUAGCAUGGAAGCAGUAAUGUCAUAAAGUAAUUCUCAUACUACACUGUUUUGAUAAUGCAUACAAACUAAGAUCUGUAAUGUCAGCUGUGAUCAUGUAGGAAAGGUUGGCUCCAGAAAGUUUUGUCAGGGUUGAAUAAACAUUUAGAAAUGUAUCAUUCACCACUGUGCAUCACUGCUCUAGUGAAGAUCAAGGUUUAAGUGUAAAUUUACUAAUACAGUACUGUUUCAUGCUGAUGUAUACUCUGGGGACAUGUAUAACCAAAUCUAUUUGAUUAGU